CUUUGGUUGUGACAUUUUUAGACUUUAUGAAAAGCUGUCAAACAAUUGCAAACUCACGCAAAUGGAGUUUGAAAGAGUUUUGUUUGAAUACAAUUUUGAAUUCAUUAUCAAAUGAAAUUUAUAGAUUUUUUAUGGCUGUAUAGUUUUGUGGUGCUUAUUGAUACACGCCCUAUGUAUAAAAGUGUGGAUAGAGAAAAUGAAAUGGGAAACGAAUUCUAUGACCAAAGUAUUCUUAAAUCACAAUAUGACCAAAAGAGAGAUAAUAUUUUUACAACAGUAGUGCCACCACCUGAUCUAUAUAAAAUUCACAACAAACAACCACAUUAUUCAAAAACAUGUGGCUCAUUAUCAAAUAAAAACAUACCCGACACACUUCUAGAUGUUAAAUCGAAAAGUUCGACAUUAAGCCCAUAUUACGAUACCGCUAAUACACCAAGUAAGUCUCAUAAGGAAAAUUUAUCAGAAACAAGCGAACACACUGAUAAAGGAGAAUACUCUUCCGAUGACAUAUUUAUUCAAAGCACUGAUGCAAUACAAGCUCUAUUAAAUGCAAUUAAGGAGAAGUCAAUUGAAAUGAUGGCUGAGCAAAUGAUCACUGAUAGGAGUUUGAUAACAACUUCUGCUACAGAGGUAGCAUUUAAUGUUUGGUCUCAAUUGAGUGCUACAGAGAGAAAUAAGAAUAAGUAUUCUACAGGAACAACAAAAACUUAUAUUAUACUUCCAACCCAUUAUGUCAAGGCUCGAUCUAUUACAUCCGACACAGUGAAAAUUGCACAAAACGUAGAAAACGUGUUACAAAGCAAAUUAAAAAAAGCGUACAGUAAAUUUUUAAAAAAACUUUCCGGUGAUCUAAAAAAGGAGAUUAAUUCAACAAAAUCUACAAUAAUAUCAAAAUUAAAUAAUAGUUCUAAGGAAAAUAAAGUUAGUAAAACACCACCUCCUUUAAAACAUAACCCAAUUAAGCUGAAUAAAAAAAAUUGUUCUCAGAAGAUAGUCCAACCGAAUAAAAUUACGAUAAUCGCAAAUAAACCUUUGUCAAAUAAGAGUACGUCUAAAGCCCACACAAUUCCAAUUAUCGGUGAUGAUUAUUCGAUGCUUUCUGUUUAUGAGCAGAUUUUGGCAAAAUCGCUUGAGACAAAUUCUUUUAGUAUGAUGACUUCACCUAAAUUUAAUAUUUUGGAUGAUGAUGACUCGGAAAAUAAAAAAAUAUUAUCAAAGCGUAAUUUGGAAGGUCAGAAAGAAUUACCACUAACACAGAUCAAAGUACUAUCAAAUAAUGCAUAUAUUAUGCCGGAUAUGAUAGAUGUUAAAGAGCGUGACUUAUUUUCAAAAAUAUCUGCAUCAACUACUGAUAACAACAAACACUACACUUAUGACACGAGUGAAGAUACGAGUUUUGAUGGUCUCAGUAAUAAAAUUUGUUAUAAAGACUACGUAAAUGGAUAUAAAUAUUAUUUGAAAUUUCUAAGAAAUCAAGAAGAUAAUAAAUUUUCCAAUCAAGUACGAUAUCAAGCACAUAGACAUCAUAAAGUAGACGAUAUCGGAAAAUUUAUACUUAACAAAAUUCCACAGUUACCAUCCACUAGAUCUAGGCGGUAUUUUAUAGAACAAGAUACACUAGAAGACCAGGAUAUUUCAACAAAGAGUGAUGAAACGUGGUUCAAGAAGCAUUUCUACCUUUUUAUAGAUAAGGAGCCACCAAAAAAAUUUCACAAUUCUCAAACUGUCUCUCUCAAAUCUGAUCCGACCAAUGUGAGUCCUAUCCAGUCUCACAACUCUAUAGCGGCUAGUACACGGAAGAUGCCAUUAGUGCGAAAUAGUCUUCCAAAAAACAAGAGGGCAGUUGAUAUAAAAAACACUAAUAAAUUAACCACAGCACUACCAUUGAGAACACCUCAAGGUUUCAACAAUAGAAAAUGUGGUUAUGUGAAAAUUUAUUUAGUUCACAGACCAACUGGAGUUGUAUUGCUGAAAAAUAAAAAAAUGAAGAAGCAUAAGUUUCGAAAUAUUUUAAAGAAAAUAAAUUUUUACAAAAGGAAACCAAAAAAAGUGGCGAAGCGACAGUUGUCUGAUCGGAAAACGAGAUUUAAUCCUUUGAAAAGCAUCAAAGAUAUGAUAUUUAAGGAUACUAAAUCGAGUUCAGACAGAUUCUUAACAAAAAGUUUUAAAUUGGAACCAAAUUUUCAAAGUAUAACUACAAUCAAACCAAUUUUUUUUUACAAAAAUCAUGGAAUAGCAGUUGCAUCUGAUUUAUUCAGUCAAAUACCAAAUAUUAGUGAUGUAACCUUUAGGUAUAAUUCAGAAGCUCUGAUUUUGGAAGACCUUAGAUAUCACAACAACACAGAAAAAUAUUCAAUAUAUGAUUUUGAUUAUACAGCAAAAAGUUCGCCUAGUCAAAAAAAGAGUUCAACUUCAAAGCCUUAUCUUAAUAAAAAUAAAAUGGUAAUGACUUUAAGCAAUCACGAUGACAAUAUGACCAUAAAACUUACCGCGGAUACUGAGUCAACAACACAUUUCAGCGUGAAGUAUCCUCCAUUUCAUAAAGCUACUACGAAUAAAAUAAAAAAAGAGUUAGAGCAGCUAGAUUCUAAGCUGCUAUACUCUGGAAAAAGUAAUAUAUUAGAACCAAAUAGUGUUAAAAAUACAGAACUUGAAGAAAAUAAUUACGACAAUCAGGUAAUAUUUGAUAGUUAUGGUAAUCAAGUAAGAAAUAAAGAAGAUUAUGUCGUAAAUGAAGCUACAAAUACAUAUACUAGCAAAAGUACUAAAUUAUAUGAAUCAUAUUACUUCAAGGAAAACCCCGAAUAUUAUUCUGACAAAUAUAAUUAUAAUCCAUAUAAAAACUAUGAAAGUCAAACAACUUCUUACGAGGACAUGAAACCACACAAUGAUGAAUUAUCUUCUCUACAAACAGUAAAGGAUAGUUACAGUUCCAAAAACAGUAUUCACUCUUCCACAUCUAAUGUUUCUGAUAGUAAAAUAGAAAACAAUUCGUGGAAUCCGAAUAUCGCUGAUAAAGUUACAAGUUUUUAUACAAAACGUAAUGAACCCUUUAAUAGAGAAAGUUAUACAGGUACGAUAGAUAAUAACUUGAAAAGGAAUGAAGGAUUUACGUUUGGCACAAAAUGGACUAGCCACUAUCAGCACAUUAACAAAUCAUACAAAGAAAAUAAUUAUACUGAUGAAAAUUAUGUUGAUCCUACCAUUUAUGCAUAUAACGACAUAGUAAUUCAUAGCUGUCAUAUCAGAAGACUGGUCAAUAAAACAAGAAACUCGGCAUCGCUGAAUAAACAAUUGGAUAUGAAUAAGAAGGAUAACACUGUUUUUGCACAGAAAAAUCUUUUACCGCGACUGAAUCCCGCGAUAUCGAACACACCGAAAAAAUUCUUGCUACACACCAAUUAUCAAGCUCCAAAGAAACCUGUGACACAAAUGAAUAAGGCCCCACAUCAAUACUUUGCAACACCUGUUCCAAUGACAAUGAAGGAGUUUGAAAGAUUUUUGAAAGAGAAUAAUUUAGAUGUACCGUCUCUAACAGCACCUUUGUCGGAUCAUAUAAUGCCGAAAAUUCAAUUUGUACCUAAAAAGAAAACUCAAAAAACACUAGUACAGUCUAUGGGUAAUGACAAUGAUAAAAUACACAAUGAUAAAAAAAAUAUAUUACCACAAACAAAUAAGGUAAAAGGACACAAAGUUACAAAUAAAAAGCACAAAAGUAAAGAGCCUGUUACUGAAAGAAGUAUUGGUAACAGAAACACAGAAUCAACAAUAUACCAAUAUUAUGAUAGAAUGGAUCCAGCAGACAAUAUCUUUCAACGUAAAAUAUAUCUUGGCAAUGGAUGGCAGUCGAAGAAUGAAGAUGCAGAAAAGGAUAUCCUAAAACAUAAGGCAAUGUUGAAUGGAGUAAAAAAGCGUGAGGUUACGGACUCAGAAAGAUUCACUGCAAAAGACGUCGCAGCCUUGGAGAUUAUUCUUGAUUUACAAAAAAAUUAUAACCAGUCAUUUGUAACCAUACCGGACUCAAUUUACAAUUUAUCUAAAGCAACAGAGAUAGCGACCACAGAGCAAUCUAAUAUAUCAACUAAUGCUAUUCAAGUUCACAUAUCAUUGUUGGAAAAUUUAAACGAUAGAAAAAGAUCUCUUCAAACACAUGUGAAGAAAGUAUUUUCUGCAGUGAUGGCAUCACCGGUUGACUUAGAAUACCAGAUCCAUACAUUUGAACAAGCACUUCCUUCAACUAUGCCACAAGAUCAAUAUUUAUCUGAAGGCGUAUAUUUGCUGGUUGAGAAUACAAAUGUUACAUGUCCUACGGGACAAUUUAUUUUAAAGCCAGUAAAAAUUGGUAGAAAAAAUUCGGAAUUAAAAGUACGAAACGUCAAAAAUGUACAAAGUUCAAUAUCUCACACAUCUCAUAACAAAACAAAGCGUAGCAUUUCGAAAAAAAAUAAAAAAUCUAAAUGGAAAGAAUUUAAAAAGAUAUUUGGGAAUGAUCGAGUCUGUAACUGUCGCUGCAAAGAAAAUGAAACGAUGUGCAAGUCGUGUGCUGCAAGUGAUGCUGUUAUGACGGAGUUAAUAUUUGUAUUGGAUAAUAUAGCUGAUUACAUGCGUGAACAUUGCACUGAGAUUCAAACGUAUUUUUGGAUGAAUCCGAGUGGUGGGAAGAAGCUUCGUGAAAGUUUUAGUAAAAUAAAUAAAAAUCUUAAUAAUUACUAUAAAAGAGUCAAAGGAAAAUGUCAAGGAAGCACAUGUGAGACAUUGUCGUUAACCUUAGAUAAAAAACGUAAAAUUCAUAAUAUUUAUGAGCCUAAAACUUUAAAUCAAUUGAUAAAAGAUUUUUCAGAAAUCGCGGAAUUAAUUGAUGUCUGCAACUUUUGUGAUAUAAAAUUGGAAAACCAAUUUAACAAAACGAUUAUGAGUUUUUCCAAUGUUCUUUCAGAAUGUCUGCCAAAAGUUGUUAAAAAACGUUCAGACUUUCAAGAAAAUAAAAGUUUUAGUAAUAAAAUUGUUUAUUCUAUAGAUAAAAUAAAUGUUAAUUUAAUUUGUAGUCCUAUAAAUAGAAGUCCUGCAGAGGAUUUUUCUGAGACCACAUUAAGUUAUUUAAAUUCAAAUUUAAAUAAUAACAAAAAAAUUAAACGCAAUAGAAAGAUUAAACGCAUAAAGAACUUUUUCUUCCGUCCAAGCAGUAAUAAAAUUUACAGACAUAAAAAGAGUGCGAACAAAAAUUCGAAAGAUUUCUAUAAAAAUAUGGAAAAUAACUCAUUUAAAAAUUCAAAAUAUAUAGAGAACGGUCUAACAACAGGCCAUAGUGUCAAACAAGAAAAUUAUUCAAUUCUCCAUAAUAUUAAAUAUUUGAUUACGUCACUAUUGAAAAAUGACAGUUUAAGUAUGAUAACUGUACCUUCAAGAAAUGCAAAAAGUUGUGAAAAUAAAGAAGUACUUUCAAAACUAAUGGAAAACAACAAAUUUAAAGUACAAGCUAAAAAGUCAAAGGGUGACAAUUUUAAAAGCAAUAAAUCUUUUGUAAAUACAACUGAACCAUUAAAUGCGUUAUUGGAGGAUAUAGCGAAUGUAUCAAUCGAUGAAACUACUCUUGAACCAAUUAUCAAUAUUGAACUACCCACCAAGGGUACGUCACAUACACAAUUAGAAAGUAAUGUUAUAAUUGUGAACGAUGGCCAAAAUAUAAAAAGUAUGUCGACGCGUCCAUCUAUAGUAAUUAUAAGUGAAGAAGCUCAUUCAGGGAACUACAAUAAAGCCACUGAAAGAAAUAUAGGAUAUAAUGAAUUACGUGGUCUACUAUUAUCUAUUUUGAAUUAUGAAUCGAAAUUACUUAAUGACGAAUGGGUAAGAGUGAUAAAGGAGGAAGACAACCCAAUAAAUGAUAAGAAAUCUCUUGUUAUUCCUGGUUCCUUAAAGACGACCCCACCAAAUAAAAGAAAAAAAGGUCUAUUGAAAAGAAUUGCAGAAAAAAUAAAAAGAAACCGAUUAAAGAGCUCCAACUUAAGAAAGGAAAUGGUCUUAAACAGAAUGAAAGCGUCAAAAGAAGAAUACGCAAAGGAAACAAAAGUAACCAGACGGAACUCCACAAACUGUUUAAAAGAAGAUACAAAAAAAGUGACGUCCCUAGUAAGUACUGAAAAAAACACAACAGCUGCAACUACUACGCCAUUGAAAAAGAUUGGCAAACAAUACUUAAAUUAUAUAGUAAAAAUGGUGGAUGAUGAAAUUUUUAAUUCUGGAAACCUCAUUGAAAAUUUACCAAAUAGUAACAAGAAAUUUGAAAAAUCUCUGAAAUGGAUCAAGGCUAAGAGACACUGUUCUCGUAACAACAAUAACAUUUCGAACAAUAGAAGAGGUAUUUUAUGGAAAUUGAUUAAGAAGAGAAGAUCCCCUACAAUAGUUGAUACAAAUUUACAAUCAGAGAAUGAUGAAAAUUACGACGUUUUGUACGGAAUUAGGGGACAAUAAAAUUGUGAUAACAAUAAUGAAACCAUUAACAAUGACAAUGUAAAAGGCAUUUAACAAACGGUUGCUGUGUUUUGUAGUUUAAUGACUUAUAGUCAAUUAUCUGAAUCAAGGAAAUUGUUCAGUAGUUAAGAUUAAGACGAUGUUAUAUUAGCACUAAUCCGUCAUAUAUUUAGAGAUAUAGUAAAUAUAUAUUGAAUGUAUUGUCAUUUUACACAAAAUAAAUUUGAAAACAAAAUUUAUGAACAAUGUGGGGCCGUGUCCCGUUCCUUGCCUUGCGUUGCCUUGUUCAACGUUUUGGUUGUGUUUCCAUCUACAGGAGCUACUUUACAGAUGAUGGUUACUUACAGGUGAUACCUGAUCAAUCCCAACGUUUGCAUAUUCUUCAUUAUAAGAAAUUCACUUGAGAUGUCGCCCUUUCAAAUCUAAUUUAUGUAAUUAAUCCCAGAAGUGAGGGUUGUAACUUUAAAAAUAACAAAUUGCUUAGUAUUGUCAUUUAUUCAAAUCAUAUUGUUGUACUUUGGAGGAAAGUUACAUCUAAGCUCUAUUCAGGUUACUUGAUGGUAAGAAGCAAUGCUUACAUUUUGUGUACUGUUUGAUACAAUCAAUUAAGAAUAAGAUAGUGGAAAGUUUGGACGAGCCUUGUUAUGGAAAGAUACUGUAAUUUAUAAUUUUUAAUCUUUCCUUUUACUAGUAAUGGAUUUGAAUUUUUCGUUAAAAUAUUUCUCUACAAAGACGCAUUUUAUAUGCUGCGUAUUAUUUAAACUAUGUAUGAACUCUGUCUGAUAAAGUGGAACGAAAUGGUUCACAUGUUUUUAUAUAAGUGUACAUUGUCUGUGCUUUUAGAUAUAGGGUGUACGUAAGAAAGCACUGUACUGCUAAAUAUUUGUAAGUGGUUUUAACUUUGUAGUAAGAUUAUUUAUAAGGUUUCGUAAUAAAUAAUAUAUAUUGUAA